AUGAUCUCCACGCUCGUUUCCCUCCUCGCUCUCUCCGCCUCGGGCGCCGCCAUCGACGUCAGCGCUCCCCACUACUCCCUCUACCUCUACGACGAUGUCAGCGCUGGCAGCUGGCCCUCCGCCGACAAGGUCCAGCCGUACAACCGUCUGCUCCUGGCCUUCUGGGAGUCUGGAGGUCCCACUGCCGCCUCGAGCUCUUGGGCCAGCUUGCCCGACGACAAGCGCCAGUCGAUCCUGAACGACUACCACGACAAGGGCAUCGCUGUCAUGGUGUCGGCCUUCGGCGCUGGUGACUCUGUCAUUGGCAAGAAGAAGGACCCCGUCAAGCUGGCUCAGGACCUUGCGGGCUGGGUCAACCAGCACGGCCUGGACGGCGUCGACGUCGACCUCGAGGACUUUGACUCGCUGCAAAACGACAAGGACUACGCCCUCGACUGGCUGUCCAAGUUCUACACCGAGCUCUCCAACUCACUCGGCGGCAAGCCUAUCUCGUCGACCCCGACUGCGUGGAUGUACGGUUCCGCCUUCGGCUCCGCCGACAGCGUGUACUGCAAGCUUAACUCCGCUGUUGGCGACAAGAUCAGCUGGUACAACAUGCAGCUUUACAACGGUGCGCAGGGCACUUGGAACAACUGCGACAACACUGUCAAGCACUCCGACAACGGCGCGUUCCUUGCCCUCGGCGACAUCAGCGGCAUGUGCGGCAUUCCCAUGAACAAGAUGGCUGUUGGUAAGCUCUGGGACAAGGGUGAGCUCGCCCACGCUGGCACCGAGGACCAGAUUAUGGACCCCACGGCCCUUGGCCAGUGUCUCGCUGGCGCCGGCACCGGCGGCGUCAUGGUUUGGUCCGCCUCUCUCGGAUCCUGGGACAAGCCCCUCAACUACCUCAAGGACACCCUUGGUGCCGAGUCGUCUGCCCCCGCCGCUCCCGCCGGCAACAACCUCGCUGUGUCCGCCUCGCCCGCUCCCUCUUCGGUCGCUGUCCCUGCCCUCGUCUCCCCUUCGGCUACCUCGUCCGACACCCCUUCGGCCGCCCCUGCCACCGAUGCCUCCUCCUCUGUUGGGUCUUCGUCCGGUGCUGCCGCCGUCUCGCCCUCCUCGGCGCCGGGCUCUGCCUCUAACGUAGGUGGAUCCUCCUCCGCUUCCGCGUCUGCCGGCUCCAGCUCUGCUGUUGCCGGCUCCUCCUCGGCCGGCGCGUCGUCUUCUGACGCGCCUCAGUCCGCUUCCGACGCUUCUACCUCUUCGGGAUCGAACCAGGCCGCUGACCCUAAGGCUGGACAGUCUGACUCUAAGACCGCCGGCUCUUCUACGCCUGACGCCUCCAAGUCCUCUGCCUCUGGUGCCGCCGGUGCCUCCGCCGCCGCCAACAAGGAGAACUCGUCCGCCUCUGCGCUCUCCGCCAGCUUCCUCGUCGCUGCCGGUGCUGUGCUCGCCACUCUCUUUUAA